AUGAACAUUUGUUCUAUCCGUCAUAUCCCAUACUCAAAUAAAAACACUAGAAGAAAAAAUAUAAUAGAUUAGAAUAGAGCCAAGAGUUCUUAGGAAACAAGAUUGCAUUCAGCAACUCAUUAUAGGUGUACAACAUAACAAAACAACAAUCUUACUCCAAAUCAACCCAAUAUGCAAUUAUUUGAAGUAUGAACAGAUAUCUUUUGAAACUUAGAUUCAACCAUAUGUUGGCCAACUCAUUAAGGUACUUAUUAUACCAAAUCAAUUUAGAAUUAACAAUAAUAGUUUGUCUCUACACAAAUUAAAAAAAAUCCAUCUUUUAGAGUUAAAAAUUAUCAUCCUUAAGAGAUUGUCAAUAAUUUAGUAUAACAAUCUAAGUAAUCGUUUUCCAUUAAUCAUAUAGCGUUGAAAGAAUCAAUCGCAUUAAUUUUUUGGGUGAUCUGCUUCAAUAGAUGGAUGGAAGCAAUCAGCAAACUAAAUUAUCUAUUGUUACUGAAUUAGUAACAGUACCUAAAAAAACAACUGCAGUAGUAUUCAAUUUUUAGAAUGAAAAGGAAUAACAUAUAGAAGAAUUACAUUUUUAUUUAGUUGAAUCAUAAUAAAGAAUCAAAUAACAUACCUAAGUUUUAGAAUAAUAAAAAUAUCUUAGUUGA